GCAGUGCUGCCUAUUGCGAGAGGAGGGCGUGUCGCUCGCAGGUCGGCGCUCCCAUUGGUCUUGCGGCGGUGGUAGCGCGCGCGGCUGGGGCGAGGAGGGGAAGCCGGUGGCUGAGGAACGGUCGGAGGCUGCCGAUUUCGUAACGUCGCUCCUCCUAGCUGACUCGCGAACUGCGAGAACUGGGUCGGGUCGGCCGCGCCGUGCGGGGCCGCUCGGAGAGCAGGCCGCCUGGGGGCGGGCGGGCUGGAGGUGCAGGUACAUGUGAAGAUUUGGCAGUGUAGAGUGGAAACAAUUGAUCACCUUGCCCUCAUUUCUGCCUCUUCUGUGUUGGCAAGGAAGAGUGCCCAAAUGAGCAAGAUACCGCAGCAGAACAGUACUCCAGGAGUGAACGGGAUAAGUGUUAUUCACACUCCAGCUCAUGCCAGCGGCUUACAGCAGGUUCCUCAGCUGGUACCCGCUGGCCCCGGGGGAGGAGGUAAGGCUGUACCUCCAAGCAAGCAAAGCAAAAAGAGUUCACCCAUGGAUCGAAACAGUGAUGAGUAUCGUCAGCGCAGAGAGAGGAACAACAUGGCUGUGAAAAAGAGCCGGUUGAAAAGCAAGCAGAAAGCACAAGAUACACUGCAGAGAGUGAAUCAGCUCAAAGAAGAGAAUGAACGAUUGGAGGCAAAAAUCAAACUGCUGACUAAGGAAUUAAGUGUACUAAAAGAUUUGUUCCUUGAGCAUGCGCACAAUCUUGCAGACAACGUGCAACCCAGUAGCACUGAAAAUAUGACAAAUUCUGAUAAUGCAGGACAGUAGACCACACCCCUUCCAAACUCCACACCUUGUGGCUUGAACAUUAAAGGUGUAACAACCUAAAUCACUCAUAUCAAUGAUUGAACAUUGUCUUGUUCCUUAGUCAAAGAUCCACUGAAGGUUGUUUUCUAGGAUCAGCACUGAAGAAUUGAUUAACUAAAAAUGUUAGCCAUGUAAUUCAAAUUUCAGGUUUUAAAUGUUAUUGGGAUAAAGAAAUGAAUUUUUAAGGUAUAUGGUAAAAAGUCCCAGACCUGGAUAUUCUUAAUAAAUCCUGACUUCUCAAGAAAAGCUUCUUUUUCAGGUUGACAAAAGGAAUGAGGAACUGCAGGUCAUGCAGAAGUUUCUUGGUUUUAAUGGACAUGGUUAAUUGGAUUAAGAAAAAGUGUUGUCUGUGUUAAUCUAUUUGUGAUUUUAUUCUAAAUUAUGUAUUAAAAAUCCUUAGGGCUGUAGAAACCAAUCACUUUGUAAUGUGGAGUGAUUUUAUGUAUAGCAUAAACCUUGGUUUAGCAUAAUAAUGAGUAUUGUUUCCCCCACAAGGACAAAUUUUUGAGUAGCGAUGUCAGGUUAAGUAAAGAACCCAUUGUAUUUUUGGCAAAAUAUGGCAGUUUGCAGCCAUUUGGCUUAAAAACGUAAAUAAUACUUAUGAAGCAAAUAGGUUUUUAAAAAAUAAAAGUAAAACAUAUUAGAAUUAUGUUUUUAGGAUACCUUUGGGUCAUUGGAUUGGCAUUUUUUGUAUCCUUAAAAAAGAAAAAAGCCCAAACCACUCAGUAGUUUAAAGAAACUACCAAAAUUUUAGUUUCUGCAGAUGCUAAUAAAGUAAGCAUUUAAAAAAUACCAUUUUGACAGCCAAAUUAGUAAACAAAAUGUUUUAAUAGUUUGGUCACAUGAGCUACUGAUCAGGGUUUGGAAUAUCAGUUCAGCAGGUAGUUUCUCCUGUGUUCAAAUACCUGCCCCCAUGGCCAGGAGUUUGAAAGACGGAAAUUUCUUAUGAAGGACUAUGUGGUGUUUGAAUUUAAUCAAGUGAUUAUUAGAAAAGGGCAUCAUCAACUUCCAAAAUAAUAGUAUAAGAAAACUUGAAAGUGUAAGGUUUAGCCUUUAAUUUAUUUCACUUAAACACAUCUUUUAAUAUUUUUGUGAUACUUCUUUUUCUAGUUAGUGGGCUGUUCUUCCAGAUUUUUUGUACCACUGUUUCUGUUAUGUGUAUGCUUUUAUAUCCCAUAAAUUAUUGUAGGAAGAAAAUAUUGGUAAAACUCAGGAUAUUGACAUUUUUAUUGAGACUAAAAAAAUGGCAAUCACUAAAGUCAGGAAUCGCUAGUCUGAUUUAUAUCAAUGUCAGUAGUUUUGAUUGUCCUUGUUGACUUUUUAUUUUUAAGCAGCAGAAAUCUAGUGAAAAUUUGUUGGGCUCUGUGGGGUGUGUCUGUUUUUCUCUUGUGUGUGUGUGUGUGUGCGCGCGCGCGCGUGCACGCGUGUGUGCCCGUGUGCCUGGGCUGGUGACGAGACUGAGUCACAUCUGAUAGAAAGUUUGCAUUACUGGAUAUCUCAUUUGAACUUAGUUAUUUUUGGCCAUAUUGCUCUUUCAUACUAGCACCUGGGAGAAUGUAGCCAGCAUGUAACUCAAGUUGUAGUUUUGGGUCGGUGGAAGAGUACUCUGUGCUCUUUUCUUGGGUAGAAGACAUCACAGCACUCUGAAACCCAGCGAAGGCAUUAUUUAGACCAUGAGCCUCCCAUGAGCCUCUUCUGCAAGUGACAGGAACCCAGUGUCCCAUAAGAGGCACUGUCCCAGGAGGGUUAACUCAAUAUAAAUCCAGGAGACAGAAUAGGUGUUUGUCUUAGGGUCCAACACCAGUGUACUUUGGAUGGAGUGUUGAUCUACUGGUAAUAGAUGUUUUAAAUAACUAGGAGAUACCCACAGGCCCUACUGAAUCUUUAAUAGCUGAUCAAUAUUAUAUAAUUAACCUAAAUGGAGAUGCAGUUGGGUCAUUUUAAUCUUAAAGCACCUAUAAAAGGUGUUACAGACAUCAUAAUUUCUUACUACAACUUUUAGAAGUUGAUGUCUCUGUGGAAUUAAUGGUUACCAGUUAUAUGAAUCGACUUAACUGUCUUAGAAAAAAUGCUUUAGGGAAAUCAGGAACAUGUACUCAAUAUUCAAAUUAGAACAUGAAAUUGAAAAUUUGGAAAAAUGGGUUCAAUCUUUCUUGUUACCUCUGCAAAUUAAACUUUAGCACAAGCAGUCCUUUAUGCAUAGGACAAAAAUGUUAACUAUUGUCUGGACUCUUACUGAAGUAUUUGGGAAGAGAAGUUUUUAGUUUGAUAGAUUUAUCAGUAUAAAAUUGAGGGAAAUCAGGUAUGGGGAAUGCGUAAGUUUAGAGCUUUGGGAACUAAAAUGGUUUUUGUAGCUUUUGUAGGUUACUUAUGAACCAUUAGGAUUUGGUCUGCCUUUGCUGGCAGGUCCAGUUGUUUAGGAACUAGGCUUUAGUAUAUCAGUUUCUAGCUGUAUGUGAGUCUUUGGGGAUGGGUGCUUUCUGACUUGUCUUGGCUGUAAGUGGUGAGGGAUCAAGAGCAGUGCUUCCUGGUGUCUGCCCCUUUCAGUUUUAGGGGUGUGAGCUCAGAUACUUUGGACAUUCUUACAAGGAGUAGUAAGAUUUUAAUAAAAUAGGACCAGAACAUGGUCACAGACCAGUCAUGAGUGUGAAAUCCUUGAAUAUACAUAAAAAGUAGAAGUGUGUACAAUUUAAUAUUUGAUAAUAAAGGAAAUUGUAGCAGUUUUUGGUAUUUCUUAAUUCCCUUUUAGAGGACUUGAAACUAUGAACCUGAACCACCCACUUAGCACUCAGUGCUUUUUGAUGCCUUAGAACUAGGAAAAGCUGUUUUUGUUUGACAAAAGCUAGGAAGGAGAAAGUCCGUUCUACAGCUGUUAGAUCUGCCUCUCAGGAAAAAGUACUUGUUCCUUUUGUUCCAGCCUUGCUCAGUUUGUGAGAUGACUCUAUUUUUUUAAAUAUAAUUUUAUUUCUUUCAAUGAAUUCGAAAUAAAAAAACCUUUGGAAUACAGAA